UGAUCACCUAUGCGACCACGAGACUCUGCAUCUAUUCGUUCCACAUCUCUGACACCAAGUCCAAACUCCUAACCGUCGAUAUGGCUUCUUCACGUGCCCCAAAUGCAAAUCAACUGGCCACCUCCUUGCCAGGCUUGACUACCCAUAUAACCGGUCACGAUCCAAAGACAGGGAAAGCUAUUGUUCAAGAUUCCCGUCCAGGCAAAUGGAGCCAGUACGACGACAAGUCGAUGGCCUUCAAUGUCAUCUACUCCACUUCGCAGUUCCCGGCAGACCUGAACAGCGACAAGGACCUCAAAACGCACGACGAGGUCAUCUCGGGUGGCAAGUUAGGCCUGGUCAACCCUAGUGGCACGGUGUGUCGUGUAGUCGACUUUGCCCCGGGAUACGAAUGCAUGAUGCACCGAACGCAAAGUCUGGACUACGGCAUCGUCCUCGAAGGGACCAUCGAGAUGGUGCUGGACAGCGGAGAUCGUAGACAGAUGCAGAGAGGAGAUGUCGCGGUCCAGCGAGGAACGAUGCACGCCUGGAAAAAUCCCAGUGACACUGACUGGGCAAGGAUGAUUUUUGUCCUUCAAGACUGCCAGAAACUCGAGAUAGGAGGACAGGGGUUGAAGGAGGACUUGGGUAGAGGUACAGAAGGCUUGCCACCAAGUGGAAACGAUGCCUAGAGCCAUCGAAAGACGAUCAAAUGAGAGGUACGGAGUAGUUGAGAGACGGGAAGCAAAUUGCGAGGCCAAGUGGACUAAGGAACAAGUCGAUCCAACUCGAGUCUGGGCGGGUGGGAAAGGACAAUCAGAUCAGCCGCCAGAGCAUACAUUGUUGAUGCUACAUACACAUAAUGUCUUCAUCAAUG